AACAACCACUGGUUAAACAUUAUCUGGCUCUGGCUAAUAACUGUAUUUACGUUUAGUUCUUCCAGUCCAAGCUAGCAGCAGUUUAGAGCUUUAGCUUAGCAUUCAGGGUCAGCUUAUGUUAAGUUUAGCUAACAAACCUAUGUCUUGGCCUCCAGCUACAAACAGGGGGCGUUGCUCUCCAACACAAACCUGAGAUUUUGUCAUUCAUUGUAUCUUCUUUUUUAUGCAGAAGAAUUGCCUAAAACUGAAGGUUUAUUCUGGUAAAACCCUUCCACCAUGUCAAAUGCCCCAUAUCCUCCAGUGGCCCGACACCACCCAGCAGAUGGCCUCAGAAAAACCAGGAGGAUCAUCGCUGAAGAUCUGGACUGGGUCCUAGCCACAGUCCCGUCUUUAUCACAACUCUGCUUGCAAAGCAUCGUUCAAAACUUCCAGGAAAGGCCCGUUUUUGAAGAGCUUUCGCCCAUAGAGAAAGACUUCAUUCAGGAGAGACUGUCUCCGUCUGUGCCUCUGGGCGUCACAGCCAACGUGGUCAGUGAUGGCGUCUACUGGAAGCGGUGCUGCGAGCAGCGAUGGGACCUGUGUGACGUUUCCAACUACGACCAUAGCUGGAAGCGGAUGUUCUUUGAGAGGCACAUGGAGAGUAUUAUUGAACUCUUUAUACCUGAUGUAACAGAUCCAAAGACCGUUCUCGACAUGGUCUCACUCUGUGGAAACUAUGUCAAGAGGCUGGACAUCUCCCAGCUGCUGCCACCUAUAAAGGAGCCAGAGAAGGAGGAGGAGAAAAACAGCUCAGACUUAGCAAGUGACUAUGAAGUUGAGACGCCCUCUAUGGACCACUUUGACUUCAGCAUCCUGCUUGACAAGCUGACCUGCCUGGAAAAGCUCCAUUUAGUGUACAGGGUCAAACAAUGUGGAAUGAACUUUGUGUGGAAUAUGUUUGAGAUGACUGACAGAGACUGUGAAUCUCUUGCCAAGGCUCUUAAAUCCUGUAAGACCUUGAAGGUUUUAAAGAUCAACCAAAGUAACAUUAAUGAUAACUUGUGUAGGCGUCUGGUGAAAAACCUACUGGACCACCCAUCCCUGAGGGAGCUCGACUUCUCUCACAACCUGAUCGGAGACAGAGGAGCCAGAGCACUUGGCAAACUCCUCAGCAAUAGCAAACUAGAGAUCCUGAACUUGUGUGACAACGAUAUCAGAGACCCAGGGGCCAAAGCUAUAGCGCAUGCCUUGUCCAAGAACUCCACCCUGUUGUUCCUCAGUCUACGUCUCAACCGGCUCAGUGACGAAGGGGGUAAGGCCAUAGGGCAGGCCUUGCUGAAAAACAACACUUUACUUCAGUUACACCUUGGAGCCAAUAGGGUGACGGGGCCCACUGCCGUUGCGUUGUCUAAAGCUCUGGCUCAAAAUAACACCCUGAAGAGCAUCAAUCUGUCCUGCAACAACCUGGGUGAGAUACGUGUGGAAAAUGUGCAAUAAUGGAAAGCUGACUAAGGACUGUUUCCACAUGAGAUGAGAAGCUGCAUUUUCUCCCUUCUCUUGCUGCCCUCUUUUACCAUUUUAUCAUGUGCUAUAUUUCUGCCUGGAAUACACAGUGGAGGAUCAAAAAUCUCCCACAUAGUAAAGCCCAAUGUGCAGUCCUGUCAGUAUCUUUGACCUUGGUCUUCUUUUCACAAAAAUAGAAAACCCUGUUUCAGACAUGUCACCGCGUGAAACACUGGUGACAUUUACAGUAAGCACUUUUGAAAGUACGAGCAAAUUUGCAGCAGGGUGAUUUUAAAGUGAGUGUCCUCUGACUUUUUAGGACAGCAGAAACCUUGUAUUAAAAAUAGAAAUG